UACGUUGAAAAUAUGUGAUCUUUAUCAUUAUAAUGAGUCUUCAAGAUCGUUUAAAACCACUUAUAAGAGUAUUGAAAGUGGGUUCAGUGAUUGGAGGUAGCCUACUUAUUGUAACCUACCAUUUCAGGGAAAUAUACAAAAGUAUUGAUAAAAUCGUUAAUGCUAACGUAUUAAACGUUGAAAAAAAGUGUAUCCCCGAGUACAUAUACAUUGAUGAUCCAUUAUACAAUGCUACUAUAAGUUUGGAACAUGAUAAGGAAAAAUCUAAUAACAUUGGAUUGUCUCGAAUUUGGAAGAGUUUGAAACACUCUUUGGCAUGGCGUCUGUUAUGGCUUAGUCGUCACGGAAAUAAGGAACAAAGAAAUUUAGCCAUAGAAAAAUUAGCUUCAUUUAAAAAUAAUAAAGUAUGGGAUUCAUUUAAAAUUGCUCAGGCACUUGAUAAAUCAACAGCUGUAUUACUUGCACGCACAUAUGGUGCAGAUUUGGAUUAUUUUUUGCCUCCUCCUAUACAUGUUCGAAGAGCGGCAUUAAGUUCUGAACUUUUAUCUCAUAAAUUUAUAGACAUAUUGAGUACUGUGGAUACUUUAAAUCCCCACAGUUGUAUCCGUCAAUUUCUUUCCAAGCACCUUAUUAACAUUCAAGAUCAUUUGGCUGAAGUUGACAGUAUUCCUACAAAACCAGAUAGUAUUAGUGAGAAAGAACUUUGUAUAUUAUGUCUUGAUGCCCUCCACCAUCACAUUUUUAUAUUUCAUCAAAAGCAUUAUGAUAAUGAUGCCUCAAGCUCAACAUUGAUUAAAUUGGGCAUAUUACCACUCUUAGCAGAAUUUAUGUUAAGAUAUAGAUAUGAUGUAGAUGUUGAUCUGGCUGUUUUAAAAAUUCUUACAGUUCUAAGUUUAUACACUAACCUUUUAACAGAUUUCUUUCAAAAUGGUCUCAUUGGUGAGCUAGCUCGUCUGAUUAAAUCACGAGAUAUACGCUUAGCUAGUUCUGCGGCAGUUUGCUUGGCCAAUCUCUCUGGUGAGUUUUGUUACAGACCAGGACUAUAUUUAUUACAUCCCUUGUAUAGAACAAAACAUGUUCAUGUAUGUGAUACUCUUCUCGUACACGGCUUAAGGGGUGGAGUGUUUGUUACUUGGCGCCAGAGAGACAAAAAGUGUGCAGAACCCAUCGGAAUCAUAGAAGUAACAGUGUCUGAUGUUGAGUGUGAGCCUUGUGAUGUAGAUUCAAAUAAUAAAAAUAGAUUUUUAGACCCCGAUCUUCAACAAGUAAUAGAAGAUAUAAAAGAGUUUGAGGAUGAAGCCCUGCUAUCUAGUUUUGAAGUUGUUUUACAAGAUCUUCCUAUUGUAACCAAGAGAGAACCUGUCACUAAUAACAUGUUAACGGCUAACAAAAAAAGAAUGGCAUUGUUGCAAGAAGAACAAGAUAAAUGUAACUAUACGCAUUGUUGGCCUAAAGAUUGGUUGCCAAAAGAUUGUAGUAAUUUGAGAAUAUUAGGUUUCAACUAUUGGAGUAAACUGUCUGAUUGGUUGGAAGGAUGUCCUCUAAAAAAUGCAGAUAUAGAAUCACGAGCUUGUGAACUUUCUUCCACGUUACUUGAUGCAGGAGUUGGAACAAACAAUGUUGUAUGGCUAGCUCAUUCAAUGGGUGGACUUAUAGUUAAACAGUUAUUAAUAGAUGCAGCUCAAAGCAGUGAUCCAGCUUAUAAAAAUUUAUGUCAAAAUACUAAGGCAGUCCUUUUUUAUAGUACACCCCAUACAGGUAGUGCAUUAGCUACUAUGCCUCGUGCAGCAGCUGUAGUUCUUUGGCCUUCAAAGGAUGUCAAACAAUUGAAAGAAAAUUCUCCAACAUUAUUACAAAUGCAUCAAUCGUUCAUAAAAUUUGCAGAUUCUUUUAAUUGGGAAACAAUAAGUUUUGCUGAAAAUCUGCCCACUCUUAUUACUGCGUUUAAAGUUCCGGUUCACUUUGUUGACCCAUACUCGGCAGAUUUGGGUCGUGGUCCAUUUUAUCAAUUACCUUUAGAUCAUUUGUCCAUAUGUAAACCUGCAACAAGACAAUCUGUUUUGUAUACUACAGUAUUAGAUGUCCUGCAACGAGCAACAAAUUGUAAAGUUGAACACAAACUAGCAGAUUCAUAUAUAAAACAAGUGUUUGACUUAAUUUGGCUCAUUUUUAGUAAAGUCAAACAUACAAAAAAUACUUUACAAGAGGAUCAAACUAAACAUUUGUAUGAAAAAGCUUUACUGGAAGCAUUCACAGAUGGUUUUGUAUCAUAAGUAGUAUAUAUUCUGAGUUUUGUUAAUGAAGUGCCUACCAUUUAAUAAGUUAUUGUAAUAUUAUUAAUCUCAUUCUAGUAUUAUUUUGAAGUAUUUCCUGUUACUAAGUAAAAUCUGACAAGAAAUAUCAAUACCAGUGACCUUCAUUUUGAAAAUUAUAAAUUCAAAUAUUUGCGUGCUUACUAUUUGUUACUUGUUUUUGUAUUGUUAAUUAUAUUUUAAAUUCACUAUUGUAAAUAAAGUCAAUAAUUUAUUA